CUUUCCAAGGAGUUGGAAACCCGGACGGCGGUAGUAGCAGCCUCUCACUCUCGGAUCUCAACUCAGGGCUGAAGAAAGACGGGCUCAACACCGGUGUGUUCCUAGACUAUUCUCUAAUGCUGCAGAACUUGCCGCCUCCUGAGAUCAUCCCCAAGGCAAUGGCUACCAAAGUAGCUGCUAAACCGCCUCCGUUCACUACAGUGGCGCCGAUCCUGACGCCUGAGCCUCCAGAGACGACAACAGCGUUUUCAUGGAGCAAGUAUGUGGCGCCAGAUCUGGACACAGCAUCAAAAUUUGAAAUUAUCGCCCCUGAUGUGGUGGCCGAGAUCGGAAUGAGCCCAACAAGUAACCUCAAAGUUGUCUGUACAGCUCAAAAGGCUUGGGGUUGGACUUACAUUGCUAUUUCUCGCUAUGAGGGUGACAGUGAAUACUCUUUGGAGUUCUUGGGUGGGGUUGAUAAGUCGGACGAGUGGCCAUUUAUCCCCAUCGACUCCAGGAUGUCAGAUUUCACCUUGCACCGUGAUGCCGACCAGGUGACAUUUGCCUUGGAGACCAAGUACGCUCUUUGUGAGGACAAAGGUCGUUACCUCUGUGAGGUCAAAGUGAACCGAACGUUCUUCAGCAAGACUUUCAAUGUGGACGUGAAAAAAAGACCAGAGAAGCCGGACCUCAAGUUUCCUGAAGAUGUGAUUGAAGGACAGACCAUCUGGCUGGUCACCACAUGGGACGCCGGCAACCCAGUUAUUGGCUACAUCGUUCACGACAUUGUUAAUGGUUUCACAGGUGGGUGGAUGAUCUCAGGUCGUUUGCCAUACGCUGCUACCUCUGAAAGUACCAAAGCUUGGUAUAAGGACUGCGCUGUCAUGAUGGAAAAUAAAUAUGCUGUCACUCCAGAGCUUUCCUGGAAUGGAACAGAAAUUGUCGCUCACAUACUUCCAAAAGACAACGCUACAGUAUACGAACGGAGCAUCGCUGAAAGAGUCAAGAUUGAUCGCAAGAUCAUGACUGUAUUACAUAAAAAUAUAUGCGGCAACAAGACAAGUGUGAGGAUCGCCCAUCCUUACAGAAGCGACAAGUACAUCACCUGUUACACCAGCGGACCCGCUGUGUCUAAAUGUCCCAGCCACCACGUUUUUGAUGAAGUCACAAAGAUAUGUGCUAUGCCAGGGAUUAGUUAG